CUUGCCGACAGCCACACCAGCUGCUCUCUUCUCCCCUUCUCCUCACCUCCAGUCCGGCUCUCUCCAACAUCUGCUGCAGAGCUCAUCUGACACCCGGGCAACAGCUUCUUCUUGAACAUCACCAUGCACACCACUCAGAGGACCUCUUUCACCCUGGAGAUGCUCUACUAUCCCAUCAUGAUGGUGCUGACGAUGGGCGGCGGGGUUCACCCUAUGCCCGUUCCUACUGACGUGCCCAUGUGCACUGCAUCAGAGCCGGCAACGUACAGCUUGACAUUCACAGGCAAGUGGACCAAGGCAGCUUUCCCAAAGCAGUAUCCAGUGUACCGCCCCCCAGCACAGUGGUCCACUCUCAUCGGGGUGACGCACAGCUCUGACUACCACAUGUGGCAGCGUAAUGAGUUCGCCAGCAACGGUGUGAGGGAUUUCACAGAGAGAGGAGAAGCUUGGACACUGAUGGAGGAAGUUGAGGCGGACGGGGAACGCAUCCAGAGUGUGUCCGGGAUCUUCUCCGCUCCUGCCCUUGUGGGAGGCACUGGCCAGAUGAACACCGAGUUUGAGGUCGUUGCCAGGCACUCCUUCUUGUCCUUUCUGGUUCGACUCGUCCCGAGCCCGGACUGGUUUGUGGGCGUGGACAGCGUCAACCUGUGUGAUGGUGAUGAAUGGAAAGACAGUUUGACACUGGAGCUUUUUCCCUACGACGCUGGAACUGACAGCGGCUUCACUUUCUCCUCUCCUAACUUUGCAACAAUCCCACAGGACAAAAUCACUCAGAUCACAUCGUCCUUCCCGAGCCAUCCUGCCAACUCCUUCUAUUACCCGCGUCUGAAGCACCUCCCGGCCAUCGCCAAAGUCACACUGACCAAGAUAAAGAAGACCAAUCAGAUUUUCAGCCUUCCCAUGGAGGUGACUCAGUCCAACCUGCUGCCCACAGGAAAUGAAAUCGAAGACAAGCUGAUAAACACGCCGCUGGACUGCGAGGUGUCAGUGUGGUCACCGUGGGGUUUGUGCAAAGGCAAGUGUGGCGACUCAGGCGUGCAGCAUCGCACGCGCUACAUCCUGCUGCACCCGGCCAACAACGGCGCCGCCUGCCCCGUGUUGGAACAGGAGCGAAAGUGCUUCCCUGACAACUGUUUAUGA